GGAGCCGGUGCAGAGCGGGCGGCGGCGGCAGCGGAGGCGGCGGGUCCAGCCGGCGCGGCGCGGGGUUCGGUGGUGGGAUUCGGCAGCGGCGCUAGCUCGGCGCUCUUUGCCUCUCUCCUUGCGGGGGGCGGUCGAAGGGCGCGGCUCUGUGCUCCUGUGGCCCGAGGGCGCGAAUCCAGCCUUGUCACAUCAUCCCGCCCCCUUGGUUUUGGAAGUCCAGGGAAGAAUCUGGUCUGGAGGAGGAGGAGGACAUUGAUGUGCUUGGAGUGCAGCUGGUAGUGAAGAGGGGACCUGGCACUGAGGUGGAAGAUCUUCCUGGCUGUGAGGAGAAAGGCAUCGACAGAUGGCAGAGAUGGAGGGGGAAGGUCUGAGGGCCACCAGCAAGGCUGAGGUGGGGAAUCAGAUGGCUGCUCCUGUCCCAUGGGCCUGCUGUGCUGUGCUUGCUGCUGCUGCCGCAGUUGUCUACACCCAGAGACACAGUCCACAGGAGGCACCCCAUGUGCAGUAUGAGCGCCUGGGCUCAGAUGUGACGCUGCCAUGUGGGACAGCAAACUGGGAUGCAGCUGUGACGUGGCGAGUAAAUGGGACAGACCUGGCCUCUGACCUUCUCAAUGGCUCUCAGCUGGUGCUCCAUGGCCUGGAACUGGGCCACAGUGGCCUCUACGCCUGCUUCCACCGUGACUCCUGGCACCUGCGCCACCAAGUCCUGCUACAUGUGGGCUUGCCGCCGCGGGAGCCCGUGCUCAGCUGCCGCUCCAACACUUACCCCAAGGGCUUCUACUGCAGCUGGCAUCUGCCCACCCCCACCUACAUCCCCAACACCUUCAAUGUGACUGUGCUGCACGGCUCCAAAAUUAUGGUCUGUGAGAAGGACCCAGCCCUCAAGAACCGCUGCCACAUCCGCUACAUGCACCUGUUCUCCACCAUCAAGUACAAGGUCUCGAUCAGUGUCAGCAAUGCCCUGGGUCACAACGCCACAGCUAUCACCUUCGACGAGUUCACCAUUGUGAAGCCUGACCCUCCAGAAAAUGUAGUAGCUCGGCCAGUGCCCAGCAACCCUCGCCGGCUGGAGGUGACAUGGCAGACUCCUUCAACUUGGCCUGACCCUGAGUCCUUUCCUCUCAAGUUCUUUCUGCGCUACCGGCCCCUCAUUUUGGACCAGUGGCAGCAUGUGGAGCUGUCGGAUGGCACCGCACACACCAUCACGGAUGCCUAUGCUGGGAAGGAGUACAUCAUCCAGGUGGCAGCUAAGGACAAUGAGAUCGGGACAUGGAGUGACUGGAGCGUGGCCGCCCAUGCCACGCCCUGGACUGAGGAGCCUCGACACCUCACCACUGAGGCCCAGGCCCCGGAGACCACGACCAGCACCACCAGCUCACUGGCACCCCUGCCCACCACGAAGAUCUGUGACACCGGGGAGCUAGGCAGCGGCGGAGGGCCCUCCAUACCCUUCUUGAUUAGUGUCCCUGUCACUCUGGCCCUGGCUGCUGCUGCCACCACAACCAGCAGCCUCCUGAUCUGAGCCAGGACCCCGUGAGAACAUACCAGAGCACCUGAGAGGAGCAGGAGGCCGGAGCUGAGCCCGAAGACCCCGGUUUCUAUUUUGCACAUGGGCAGGAGGACCUUUUGCAUUCUCUUCAGACAAUUUCUAGAGACCCCGGCAGGCCUGGGCCUGCCGACCCCUAGCUCUGCCACAUCAAGCCGGCCCUCUUCCCUCCCUCAGGGGAGGAGGACCAUGCAGCUAACCCACCCACCAAAGACCCUCCUCACCCUCCCCCCUUGGGCUGGACCCUCCGACGCCAGCGACCCCCAGGAGCCCUUGGGGGGCCUAAGGGGAGCCCCUCACACCCACAAUUUCUCCUCCUGCCCCAGCCUCCUGUUUGUCCCAGGGUCUCUGUUGCCACCAUCAGAUUAUAAGCUCCUGAUGCUGGGGGGGGGCCUAGCCACCUCCCUCCCCCUAGUCACCACACUCUUCAGCCCCCUCACACCUGCCCAUUUUGUAUGACCCUCUCCCGACCCUGUCCUACCCCACAGUAUUUAAUGCCCUGUCAGUCCCUUCUA